AUGCCAGACUGCAACGUCACCACGAGGGCCUUCAAGUCCGGAAGCUCGCCUCGUAAGUCACCCAACCGCAAGUCUCCCGAGCUGCAAGUCCCCCUAGCUGCAAAUCCCCCGAGCCGCAAGUCCCCCGAGAUGCAAGUUCCCCGAGCUGCAAGUCCCCCGAGCUGCAAGUCCCCCGAGCCGCAAGUCCGCCGAGCUGCAAGUCCCCCGAGCCGCAAGUCCCCGGAGCUGCAAGUCCCCCGAGCUGCAAGUACCCCAAACCGCAAGUCCCCCGAGCUGCAAGUCCCCCGAGCUGCAAGUCCCCACAGCCGCAAGUACCCCGAGCUGCAAGUCCCCCGAGCCGCAAGUCCCCCGAGCCGCAAGUCCCCCGAGCCGCAAGUCCCCCGAGCCGCAAGUCCCCCGAGCUGCAAGUCCCCCGAGCCGCAAGUCUCCCGAGCUGCAAGUCCCCCGAGCCGCAAGUCCCCCGAGCUGCAAGUCCCCCGAGCUGCAAGUCCCCCGAGCUGCAAGUCCCCCGAGCUGCAAGUCCCCCGAGCUGCAAGUCCCCCGAGCUGCAAGUCCCCCGAGCCGCAAGUCCCUCGAGCCGCAAGUCCCCCGAGCUGCAAGUCCCUCGAGCCGCAAGUCCCCCGAGCUGCAAGUCCCCUGAGCCCCAAGUCCCCCGAGCUGCAAGUCCCUCGAGCCGCAAGUCCCCCGAGCCGCAAGUCCCCCAAACUGCAAGUCCCUCGAGCCGCAAGUCCCCCGAGCUGCAAGUCCCUCGAGCAGCAAGUCCCCCGAGCUGCAAGUCCCCUGAGCCGCAAGUCCCCCGAGCUGCAAGUCCCCCGAGCCGCAAGUCCCUCGAGCUGCAAGACCCCCGAGCCGCAAGUCCCCCGAGCCGCAAGUCCCCCGAGCUGCAAGUCCCUCGAGCCGCAAGUCCCCCCAGCUGCAAGUCCCCCGAGCUGCAAGUCCCCCGAGCUGCAAGACCCUGAGCCGCAAGUCCCCCGAGCUGCAAUCCACCGAACUGCAAGUCCCUCGAGCCGCAAGUUCCCAGAGCUGCAAGUCCCUCGAGCCGCAAGUCCCCCGAGCUGCAAGUCCCCUGAGCCGCAAGUCCCCCGAGCUGCAAGUCCCCUGAGCCGCAAGUCCCCCGAGCUGCAAGUCCCCUGUGCCGCAAGUCCACCGAACUGCAAGUCCCUCGAGCCGCAAGUCCCCCGAGCUGCAAGUCCCUCGAGCCGCAAGUCCCCCGAGCUGCAAGUCCCCCGAGCUGCAAGUCCCCCGAGCUGCAAGUCCCCUGAGCCGCAAGUCCCCCGAGCUGCAAGUCCCCCGAGCUGCAAGUUCCCCGAGCUUCCACCGAACUGCAAGUCCCUCGAGCCGCAAGUCCCCCGAGCUGCAAGUCCCCCGAGCCGCAAGUCCCCCGAGCCACAAGUCCUCCGAGCUGUAAGUCCCCAGAGCUGCAAGUCCCCUGUGCCGCAAGUCCCCCGAGCUGCAAGUCCCCUGUGCCGCAAGUCCACCGAACUGCAAGUCCCUCGAGCCGCAAGUCCCCCGAGCUGCAAGUCCCCUGAGCCGCAAGUCCCCCGAGCUGCAAGUCCCCUGUGCCGCAAGUCCCCCGAGCUGCAAGUUCCCUGUGCCGCAAGUCCACCGAACUGCAAGUCCCUCGAGCCGCAAGUCCCCCGAGCUGCAAGUCCCCUGAGCCGCAAGUCCCCCGAGCUGCAAUCCACCAAACUGCAAGUCCCUCGAGCCGCAAGUCCCCCGAGCUGCAAGUCCCCUGAGCCGCAAGUCCCCCGAGCUGCAAGUCCCCUGAGCCGCAAGUCCCCCGAGCCGCAAGUCCCCCGAGCCGCAAGUCCACCGAACUGCAAGUCCCUCGAGCCGCAAGUCCCCCGAGCUGCAAGUCCCCCGAGCCGCAAGUCCCCCGAGCCACAAGUCCUCCGAGCUGUAAGUCCCCCGAGCUGCAAGUCCCCCGAGCUGCAAGUCCCCCGAGCUGCAAGUCCCCCGGGCCUCAAGUUCUCCGAGCCGUUAGUCGCCCGCGACGCGACACGAAUGCCGGCCAGCUGCGGUGUUUCUAAAGCUUCUGCGAGACAGCGGCGGGGCUCCGGGGGCAGGAAGUCCCUCGGUGGCGCAGGUAGCCUCGAGGACCCGCCACCACCGCCCCUGCAGCUCGGGGGUGUGCCAGGGACGGAGGGGGUGUUGGCUCGGGACGGAACCAGUGCAGGGAGGGCGGUGCCAGGUGCACCAACGUUUCCCCAGGCGCACCGAAGUUUGUUCUGA